UUCCCCCAUCCUCUCCCUGCCUGAGACUUGACCCGAGGAAUCUGCUGCCUUUAUUGUUGCUGUCUCAGGAGAGUCAGGGUGGGGGGCACAGAGACCCUCUCCUUUUUCAUGUUGACCUUCGGUUCCAGAAGUUCAGAGCUAACUGACUGGCACAGAUCCCAGUAGGGGCAGGGUGGGGGAGUGAGGAGCAGAGAACUAAACUAUGCUGGCUUCUGAGGCGAAAAGUGAAAAUCAGCUGCUGACUAGAAAUCCCCCCCCAAAGAGGACUGAGUCAGCUGGAGGUUCAGAGCAAACACUUAGCCCUUGCUCCAUCCAGGAGCCCAGAGAAAUCUCUGAAGUUUUCUAACUUGCAAAAGUUCCUUUGUUUCUGCUCGUCAAGCCCCAGACUCCCAUGGCUGGAAGGACAGAGUUUGUUGACCUAAAACACCACCCCCUUCCUCCUGAGGAACAAAGAUGAAGGCUCCUGGAGCCACUUGAACCCAUUAACUCACCCACCCUCUGCCCAGAGUCAGGUAUGGGAGGGGGGAGGGAGAGAUGUGGUAGUGUGGGAAAGUUCUGCUUAUAUCCAGAGAAGGUGCAGCCCCGGAAGCCAAGACUAUGGAGACAGCUACAGUAGUCCGGAAGGAGCUGGAGGAUGGGGAAUUCCUGAGGUUGGGCCCAAGGGGGCCUGGCUCCCUGGGGAAGUGGGAAUACUAGGGGCUGACCCUGUACCUCGGUAUCCUAAACCUCACCAAAUAGCCUUUCCCAGGAAGAGAUCUUCAGGCUGCUGGGUUGGGGCACCAGCCCAGAAGGGGAAACUAAGGCAGGCCUCACCUCCCAAGAGGGUCAUUGCAACAUGAGACCCAAGAGAGCUGCCAGGCAACUCCAGCCCCGCCUACUGUUGCUGGGUAUUAAUCCCCAUUCCCCAGCUUGACCACUCGGGAGGAGAUUGGCUGAGGAGCUUGAAGAGGGGGCGUCACCACUAUCCCUCCCAAAGCUUAAAUAGGGGUUCAAACAAGAAAGCUAGGUGCUUGGGAAAAGUGCUCUCUUUCACGGGCUCCCUGAACCAGACCAUGACCCAGACUCUCAAGCUCGCCUCCAGAAUGUUUCAUCGCGUCCACCGUGCUCCCAAGCUGAGCGCCUCACUGGGUUCCAGAGGCUCCGACUCCGCGCCCAGGAGCUUGGCGGACAUCCCAGGCCCAUCCACGCCCGUCUUCCUUGCUGAACUUUUCUGCAAGGGAGGUCUGUCGCGGCUACACGAGCUGCAGGUAGAGGGGGGACGUCGUUCCUGGAAAUUAAUGCUGGAGAAAUUGGCUUUGACAACGCUAGAAAGGACAGACUAGUGCAGAAAGUAGGAAGAGGUCCAGUGAGAACGGAUGCCCAUGAACUAUAGAGAAAUUGGGGCUGCCGGCAGUGGCUCGACCUACUCGGAGUCCAUCCCUAUACCCAGCAGAAGAGUGCGCUCAAAAAGCGCCUUCUUGCUCUGUAGAAGUUGGGGCCGAGUUAAGCCCAGAACAAGUGCUCGGGAGGCAGAAACGCACAGUACCUUAGCCGCGUUUCCAGCUUAAAGCUACAGGCGCUCCUAUUCAGUCGCUGGGGGCUCGUCCCGAGAUAGUCCACGUGAGGAACCUUUGGGAUCUCUCCGCCUCGGUUUACCCCGGGCGACCUAAGAGAGAACCUGAAUGUCCGUCCGCUUUGUGCAAAGUUCCUCCGUCUUGCCAAUCACACUCAAACUUCCUAGGGAUGUGAAGCGAGGAAAAGAGAAGGAGGAGAGGUUUGAAGCGUCAGGGCUACAUACCAGCUGGGAGCUCGUGAAGAGACUGAAGCUCCCCCUUGCACAGCCCAGCGAACACCCUUGGAGUUGGUACGGACCGAGCUGGAUGCCGGCGGCCCACGUCUCCAGUGUCCGCCUCCCCUUCUCCCAGGUGCAGGGCGUCGCGCGCUUCGGUCCCGUGUGGUUGGCCAGCUUCGGGAAGGUGCGCACUGUGUACGUGGCGGCCCCUACACUCAUCGAGCAGCUCUUGCGACAGGAGGGUCCCCGGCCCGAGCGCUGCAGCUUCUCACCCUGGGCAGAGCACCGUCGCCGCCGCCAGCGGGCUUGCGGACUGCUCACCGCGGAAGGCGAAGAAUGGCAGAGGCUCCGCAGCCUCCUGGCCCCGCUGCUCCUCCGGCCUCAAGCUGCCGCCCGCUACGCCGGAACCCUAGACGACGUGGUCCAUGACCUUGUGCGGCGUCUUCGGCGCCAGCGGGGACGCGGCGCUGGGCCGCCCGCUCUGGUUCGGGAUGUGGCAGGAGAGUUUUACAAGUUUGGACUAGAAGGGAUAGCCGCCGUGCUCCUGGGUUCACGCCUGGGCUGCCUGGAGGCCGAAGUGCCUCCAGACACAGAGACCUUCAUCCGCGCGGUGGGAUCGGUAUUUGUGUCCACGCUGCUGACCAUGGCGAUGCCUAGCUGGCUUCACCGCCUCGUGCCCGGACCCUGGGGCCGCCUCUGCCGAGACUGGGACCACAUGUUUGCAUUUGCCCAGCAGCACGUGGAGCGGCGAGAGGCCGAGGUAGCCUUGAGGAGCAAGGGAAAGCCUGAGGAGGACAUGGGAUCUGGGGCACACCUGACCUACUUCCUGUUCCGGGAAGAGUUGCCUGCCCCGUCCAUCCUGGGCAAUGUGACAGAGCUGCUACUGGCCGGAGUGGACACAGUAUCCAAUACACUCUCCUGGGCUCUAUAUGAACUCUCUCGGCACCCGGAAGUCCAGACAGCACUCCACUCUGAGAUCACAGCUGCCCUGGGCCCUGGCUCCAAUGCCCAUCCUUCAGCUACUGCUCUAUCCCAGCUGCCCCUGCUGAAGGCGGUGGUCAAGGAAGUGCUAAGACUAUACCCUGUGGUACCUGGAAAUUCCCGUGUCCCAGACAAAGACAUUUGUGUGGGUGACUAUAUUAUCCCCAAAAAUACGCUGGUCACACUGUGUCAUUAUGCCACUUCAAGGGAUCCUGCCCAGUUCCCAGAGCCAAAUUCUUUUCGUCCAGCUCGCUGGCUGGGGGAAGGUCCAGCCCCCCACCCAUUCGCAUCUCUUCCCUUUGGCUUUGGCAAACGCAGCUGCAUGGGGAGACGCCUCGCAGAGCUUGAACUGCAAAUGGCUUUGGCUCAGAUCUUGACCCACUUUGAGGUGCAGCCUGAGCCCGGUGCUGCCCCAGUCAGACCCAUGACCCGGACUGUCCUGGUACCGGAGAGGAGCAUUAACCUACAGUUUGUGGACAGAUAGUCCUGUGGAUGGAGGCUGUCAUCAUCACACUUUCUCUCAUUGCAGGGAUCUAUCAGGCACAAGACCAAGAGAUAUGUAUUCCCCCUGAAACCUGUCUGUCUGACCAGACUGGUUAAAGGGACCAUAGCAAACUGUUUGAGGCAGCCCUGACCAAGGUGUGAAGUAGGCAUUGGCCUCACCCAUCAGGCCCUGAGAAAACCAUGAUCCUUGUGUCUGCUCAGCCUUUCUUCUGGUCAUAUCAUAGGUAUCCUUCAAGGGCCAACUCAAAUUUUAACUAAUAAUGUUGGAUGGCCUGGGGAAGGACUCAACCACUGCCCUUUUGGGGCUUCUACAGUGUUUAGGAGCUGCUGGCUAAGCACUUAUCAUCACGUGAGCUAAGUGAUUGUGCAUCUGGUCUGCACCUGGCUCCUUGCAUGUGAGCUCUUUGAGAGGAAGAAUAAGACCUUAUUCAGUCUUUAUAUCCCCUGCCAAGGCCUAUCCCUGAUUGGGUGACUCCAUACAGGUUCUCAUAUUGAAUCUGGACCAUGUGGCAGAAGGGAUAAGCAGCUUAUCAGGCUCUGUCUACUCUCUUCCUUCCUCAUCUUGCCCCUACCUUGUCCCUACCAAGGAGAGUGUGCCCUCACCUGGUUUAUGAUGUUUUAAAACUCUCCUUGAUUCUCUAAUCACUAUUAGGAGUUGGCUUGUCCCACCAUUUAGUUCCCAGACAGAGACAUCUUUGGGCCUGUACCUGCCUACACCUUCCUAUCACAUGUGGAAUUUUUUAAUAUUCAUAGUUUUGAAAUAAAAGAAUCGAAUGUUUCA